AUGCUGCGUUUUAUUCGAAGUCAUUUCUAUAGCGCUGGGGAUAUAAAACCUGAAGAAAUCAAUGACUUCUUCAACUUCUCACAGACAUUGCGGCAUGGAUUCCCUCAAAAUGUUUCUGCUUUUGCUGUAGAUCAUGUGUUAGGAUUACUUGUUAUUGGAACUAGUGAUGGCCAGAUCAGAGUGUUUGGAGCCGAAAACGUUGAAUGGACCUCUUAUACUCCUAAAAAUGUUGCUGUUUCUCACAUAUACUUCUCAAUUGGCUUAGGUUGUUUUAUUGUUUUAUGUAGCGAUCAGUCAUUUCAUAGGUAUCAGGUUAAUGGAGAUGUGAUUGAAAGAACAACUGCGACGCAUGAAGAAAGACUCAAAAGAAUCACUUGUUGCGUUAUGCAGAACGAUGGCUUGCAAGACGCCCGACUGCUGAUAGGGACUGUCACGGGAAAUAUCUAUGCAUUAUGUGUCGCCUCGUUGGAACUCUCUGAGCUAGUCUUGUACGAAGAUUCAAUAUCCCAGAGUCUUACAAUAGCUUAUUAUGAUUUAUCAGAAAAGAAAGUUAUACAACAUUGGGAUGUGCAACAACCUAUUACGGUGAGGUUUCUUUUGCUUUGCAGUGAAAUUAGUUUUGAUGUGUUAUGUUGGAUUGAUAGUAGGAGUAUCGCUUGGUGUGUUGAAGAAGAUCAGUUUAUUUGCUCACAUAAGGAUGGCUCUAUCGACGUUUGGUCUCUAAAUCGUUCGGAUCCCGUGGAACCUCCUACCAGCUCUUUUGGCCCUUUCCCUUGCACUCCAGUUACAAAAGUUCUAUGCGGUCAAGUUGCGAGCUACAACUGCGCAGUCAAGUUUUAUUCCGGUGGCAUGCCCAGGGCAUCUUACGGGGAUCGUUUCACGAUUUCAGUGCAGCGUCCGGAACGACUAGUUGUUUUUGAUUUUGGGAGUCCAGUGGUCGAUUUUCAACUUUAUUCAUCUGCAAAUUCUUCAGAUGGUAAUAAUACUCCACUUGUUACUGCUUUGGUGGUUUUAUGUGAGCAAGAAUUCUUGUGCAUUGAUUUAACGGAUCCGAAUUGGCCCGUGUUAGACCUGCCGUAUUUGAACCCCAUUCAUUCCUCCCAAGUGAUGUGUAUUCUGCAUAGUUCUGAGGUAGAGGAACACGUGUGGAAGAAAAUUAUGCUUACAAGUGAGUCUCAAAAGAAGCACCGAGAAAGCGUCAAAUGGCCCAUUAAUGCAGGAGCUAAUAUUAAGGCCCGUGAAAUAUGCGCGUCUAGUAACGUCGAAAAACGACAACUACUCAUUACUGGGCAUGAGAAUGGUAUGGUGAAAUUUUGGUCUGUUGGCUCACCAAGUAUGCGACACCUGUUGACUGUUGAUACCGCCAAAGAGUUUGAGGGAUAUAUUUUUCGUGAUGACAAUCAAAGCAAUAAAAGGAGAUCGGGAGGUGUCUCGGAUGGUACUGAAUCAGAUGAUUCGGACGAGUCAUCUGAGUGGCCGCCGUUCCGUAAGGUGGGCCUCUACGACCCAUUUUGCGACGAUCCACGACUUGCGGUGCAGAAGUUAUUUUUUAGUUCAACGACUGGGCAUCUUGCUGUUGGUGGAAGAGCAGGUCAUGCUGUACUUUAUAAUUUAGAAGAUGAUGCUCUGACUGAAGUGUCAGUUCAAAGCGUUGAUUUCGAAAUUAUUGAAGCAUCAAAAAUAUCGCAGUCAACUCAUCAACGUCCAUUACCUCCUAGAAAGUGUUCUUUGCCAUACGCUGCUGGGUAUCAGCCCUUCCGGCAAGAUAAUUCCCGAAGUUUUAUUGUACAGUUGAUGCCUUCAACUCCAGUCACUGCACUCAAUUUCUUAGAAUCUCGAAACCUCUUAGCAAUCGGGUGCGAGUUUGGAUUUGUAUUGUGUGAUAUGGCAACUCAAACUGCUUUGGUACGGAAGUCGAUGACGUCGGGAGCUGCUCGGCCUGUAGUCUUUUUCUUUUUAGAAGUAGAAGGUAUCGCCACCACAACCACGUUAUCUAGGUUUAGGAGUAUGAAGAAGUCUAUUCGCCAGUCAUUUAGAAGGAAGAAAAAAGUGCCUCAGUCAACUCCUAAUCAUCAAGUCGAACCUGAAUGUUCUAAUGCAGCCGAUGGUGCUUAUGAAGUUAGACCUGUUGAAAGACAGGUAGCAGCACGGACCGAAAAUACGUUUAAUGUUGGUGAUCCUCUACCUUCCUGCAUUCGGACCUUGAAGUUCUUUAAUGCUUAUGUAGUUACAUCGUCAUCGAAGUGUGACAGUCUGUGGGUCGGCACGAAUGAAGGUGUUAUUUUGUUGUAUUCAAUCGCUGAUGAUGCUACGAACCCAGAAGAUGUAUGUGUUCUCUUAAAGGAACUUCAUUUGCAACAUCGCGCUCCUGUUAUUGAUUUUGAAUGCGCUACUUCAGAUGGUUCCGCUUUCGGAAAAGUUAUAUCAAACAAUUCACGGGUCACCGUGUAUACCGAGGAACAGAUAAAGAAUUUUUCUUUACCAACCCUAAGGCCUUUGAAAUUUAAAUACAAGUUGACGAGCUUAGAGGGGUCAAGACUCCGCAAGGCUUUUCCAUUAACUUUGCGAAAAAAUUCAAAGAGAAGCGUUUCUGAGAAGUUUGUUGCCGUGGUCACAAAUCAAGGUGAAAUAAUCCUCUUCACUGCUUUCGGAUUACAGAGAUGUGCGAAGGCUUGUUACACGAAGGCAACAGAUGUUUGUGGCAUUGCAUCUUCAGUAAUAUCGAAACACGGCGAACUUUUUUUUCUCAGAUGCGGUGGUAGCGAAAUUCAGCGUGCAAGCUUAACAGCAGCUCCACACAUCAAUCUUUCUUCUCCCCUGAAAGACCAGAAAUUCCCAUUAGUCGAGAAUUGA